UGGAACAGAGCCUCGUACUGACCGUUCUUACCACAAUGGCUGACAAAUACUCGAGUGUUGGGGUGAGUAAGCAGGUCAUUCUGAGGUAUCCACGACACGUCAGGAUCUUCUUUGAGUUCGGUGACGAAAUGUUGGAACGGAAAAUGGAUUUAAAAGAGGACCAAAAACGCAUCAAAGACCUGAAAAUGAGACAAUUCCUGCUUUGGACAGUCUUCCUCGUGUUGCUGCCCCUGUGUGUGAGAGGUAAGAGAGUUGUCUUCAUGCCCUCGCCCUUCACCAGCCACACCAACUACCACACGAACGUAGCGCGGACCCUCGCUCGGCAAGGUCACGAGGUGUGGUUGACCAUGCCCGACUACAUCGUCAACAGGCGGGUGUUGGACACGACUAACUUGACUGUCAUCGAGUAUCAGACAUUGAUAAACUUUGAGGAGAUUAUGACGGCCGCUCUCGCCGGCAACUAUUUUAAGGGAUUGCCUGAUGAUUGGAGUCUGCUCAUGUCUAUUGGCUUACAAUUUUGUGAUAAUCUUCUCACAAACUCUUCUUUCUUCCAGAAGGUUAAAGAACUGCGUCCAGAUCUUUUCGUAUUCGACAAUGUACGGUUCACAAACAUGAUGACGAUAAUAUCAUAUAGACUUGGGGUGCCUUUUGCUUUUCUUGGAACAGCUUACGAUCCAUACUACCAGCGAAUCCCUUUACAACUUUGUAACAUACCAUUGUUAAUUUUUAGCUUCAACCAUCACAUGAGUUUUCUUCAGCGAGUUUUAACCACUGUAAUUCAUGUUUAUGCCUCUGUGGUGGACGGAUUUUCCUACAAAGACGCAGUCAGUCGCUAUGCACCUGAAAUGCCUUUCCUUACUAUAGACAUGCUUGUAGCAAGAGCUGAGAUCUGGUUGGUUGAGACGGACCACAUCCUAGACUACCCGAGACCAUCGAUGCCCAAUGUGAAACUAAUUGGAGGAACAGCUACAGGUCCUGGUAAACCAUUGCCACCGCAGUUUAAAUCUUUUAUGCAUGAUGCCAAAGAAGGAGUUGCUAUCGUAUCGUUUGGUAGUUAUGUCCUUUGUCCACCAGAACCAAUUACACAAAAAAUCAUCAGUGUGUUGCAGGAUUUACCUUUUAAAUCCGUUUUCCGUUCCAACAUUUCGUCACCGAACUCAAGGAAGAUCCUGACGUCGUCAUGGAUACCUCAGAAUGACCUGCUGGCUCACCCCAACACUCGCGUGUUUGUCAGCCAUUGUGGUAAGGACGGUCAGUACGAGGCUCUGUUCCACGCCGUGCCAGUGGUGGCUACGCCGCUCUUUGGUGAUCAGUUCUACAACGCUGAGCGCAUGCGCGUAAAGGGCAUGACAGAGACUGUCGACCUCAACACCGUCAGUACAGACGAGCUGCACUCCACCAUUCUCAAAGUGGCCACCAACACGAGCUACAAGCAGGCCAUCACCAAAGCCUCGGAACUGUUUAAAAUCGAAUUCGGUGUUCCUGUGGAGAAAGCGGCCUACUGGCUUGAUCACGUGAUGAAAUAUGGCGGCAGUCACCUUCGUUCGUCAGGACAUGAAGUUCCUUUCUUACAAUUUUCGUGCUUGGAUGUUUAUGCUUUUCUUUUAUCUUGUGUACUACUGAUACUCCUGAUUGCAGUAUGUUUUGUCUAUGUUGCAUUCAAUUGUUUCUGCUCGAAAUCAAAAGUAAAAAUAGAAUAAAAAGGAGUGAACACGAUUUGAAAGUAAAACUAUUUAAAAGAUUUCCAAGGUUUGUUAAACUAACAGAAUUUAGUAAAUAAACAAUAAAUAUAGCCGUUGACCGACACGGGCAAAAGAGUUUUCUCCAGCUUCGCAAUUAACCUUAACUAAGCAUAUUACAAAAUAAUUUACGCCUGCUAAUCCUUUAAAAAAUAAGGUUUGUUGCAUUAUUGUAACUGAAAUUUUCUAUUACUCUUUAUACCUUAAUGUUUUUGUUAAAUUUGUUAAUCGUUAAACAGCUAUAAAAGCAUUUUAUGUAGCCAACCCUUUUAUGAAAUUAGGACAAAACGUUCAGAUUAAUUUUUUUUUAACUUUAUCCAAUCAAUAAAAAUUGAAACAUCUUAUUAAAGGAACUAAAGUAUGCUAUGAUUAUUAAAUGCAUACUUUUUACAAUAAAGUAACAAUAUGUUGUAAAAUAAAUAAUGUGAGCUACUGACAUUGCUGAUAGCAGUAUGUUUGAUAUACCUUGUUUGCCAUUGGUUUUUGUUCCAACUUAAAGACAAAGAAAGACGAAAAUUUAGUUAAAAAAGACUUUUGACCUACUUUACGAUUUGUUACCGUUCUGCCCUGAUUUUACUACAAGAAAACAACACGUAUAUUUGUUUAAAUGUUCCUCACAUAAAGUGCUCUUUAAAACGGAGUAUCACAGAUACUUAAUUUUAUUGUAGGUUAAUAACUUAAAAUUUUUAAAAAUACCGGUCGAAACUUCAAUCGCUGGAACUCGCUGCUGAGUAAACAAACAAUUCGCGGCUUACCGCAGCCGAGUAGGAUGUGUUAAGCAAAGAUACUCCAAAAUAAAUUAUUCGUCUGUUUUAUUUACAGAAUCGAGUAAUCAUUUCUUUAUUGAUUUCUGUUUCUAAUGUGGUCUGAGUCGCUUUUUCCAUCUUUUUAUGAUAAUAGCCAAAAAAAAAAAACAAACAAACAAAACCAGAAACUACUAAUAUGUAAACAAGUUUAUCUUUGCAAAAUUCUACGCAUUUCUGCUUUUUUAACCUUUUUGCUAUUUUGCCAUGGAUUUGCAAUGUAUUCUUCCAGAUUUACAAUUGAGUUUUUACUUAACGCUAGCAACAUUAUUUGAAGGUGCAAGGGUUGUUUUACUAUCGUGACUAAAAUGUUUUUUCUGUUGCUCUUUAUAACAAGUUUUAUUUGUUGGUCCACUUUUUCUUUCUUUGAUAAUUGUAUUUAGCUUUAUUAUCUUUAAAGGGAUGCAACAAUAUGGUGAGUUAUCCAAAUAUUUUAAACGUCUUUAGAAAAUGCUCAGAUGUGUGUUUUUAAUUCCAAUCUUUUACAAAAGAAAACAAAUUUAAGCAAAGUUAUUACCUCCCAGCAGCUUGUUAUCAUUCUAGUUAUUGAAUUGACAUACAUACAAAAUGUCCUGAUCAUGGACGUGCAUGACGGGCAUCUGUAUUUACUUUGUGUAUGUGUCGUUUCUGUAGUAGGACUGAUCAUGUUUGUUAUGUGCUAAUAUAAGUGCAUGGCUGUUUAUGCUCCAGUCUAUAAAUGAUUUAUAUAAAGCGCUCUGAGCAAAAAAUUUUUACAAAGCGUUAUAUCAGUCCUUAUUAUGAUGAUGAUGAUAAUGAUGAUGAUGAUGAUGAUGAUGAUGAUGAUGAUGAUGAUGAUUAAUAUUAAAAGGGAAAUAUUUAAAGUAAAAAGAAAGCAUUUAGCACACAGUAAUUCCAGAUGGCAUUUGUAUAUACCACAAAGUUAAUAACUAACAGCAGCUUGUUUUCAUUCUGGUUAGUGAAUUGGCAUACAUACAAAAUGUCUGAUCAUGGACGUGCAUGACGGGCAUCUGUAUUUACUUUGUGUAUGUGUCGUGUCUGUAGUAGGACUGAUCAUGUGCUAAUAUAAGUGCAUGGCUGUUUAUGCUCCAGUCUAUAAAUGAUUUAUAUAAAGCGCUUUGAGCAAAAAUUUUUUUGAAAGAGUUAUAUCAGUCCUCAUGAUGAUGAUGAUGAUGAUGAUCAUGAUGAUGAUCAUAAUGAUGAUGAUUAAUAUCAAAAGGGAAAUAUUUAAAGUAAAAAGAAAGCAUUUAGCAUAUGGCAAUUCCAGAUGGCAUUUGUAUAUUACCCUGUGACUAUUUUCAUCAGCAGCGUGUUUUAUUUCACCAAGUAGUAAUUUAACAAGAAUCUAAUGGACAAACAAUAUUAAUAAUGUUGGUUUUUGUACAGCACCUUUGUUCUUUAUUGCUUGCCUUAGAAAAUAAUCAACAAAAACUAAUAGCUUAAAAAUAUUAAUAAUAAAUAAUACAUGUUGAA